CGGACCAGAAAAUGUACUUCCGGCGAAACUUCCGGUUCCAAUUUAUUCGUUCAAAUUGCGAACAGACUUCAUUUAUCUCCAUUUGAGUCAGUCUAUUGUGAACCUGGACACUGUCUCCGAUCCAUCAUCAUGAUGCGUUACUGGGGGGAGAUCCCCGGACCUGCAGGUGCUCCUCCGAGUCGCAGUUCUUUCGACCUGCUCCAGCGCGAGUUCCGCUCCGUGGAGAUGCAGGACCCUCCUCUGCACCAACCUUCAGCCCAGCGUCCGCGGCCAACUACAAUGCUGGACAUCCCCUCAGAGCCCUGCAGCCUCACCAUCCACACGGUGCAGCUGUGUCAGCACGCCCGCCGGCUUCGUGGCCUCCUGGCAGCAGCUCAGGCCCAGGGUCAGGGUCAGAGUCAGAGUCAGAGCUCAGGGUUGUCUGAGGGAGGCAGCAAGUCGGAGGAUGGUGAUGUCAACCUGCCCACUCGUCCUCCCACCCCUCCUGUAAUGCCAGAUGAUCUGCUCCCUGUGGACAGUAAAGCUCCACGGCAGCCCUUCCAGCUGCUCCACAGUGACCCAGAAAGUGACUUCUAUAAGGGUAAAGGCGAGCCUGUCACAGAGCUGAGCUGGCCCUCCUGCAGGCAGCUCCUCUAUCAGUCAGUUGCGACUGUUUUGGCCCAUGCUGGCUUUGAGUCAGCCCAGGAGAGUGUCCUCGAGACCAUGACUGACCUGGUCCAUGAGCACUACCUGCGCCUCACACGCCUGCUGCGGGUGGCGGUGGACCGGGAGGCUAGGCUGGGAGCUAGUGCCUUCCCGGACGUGGUGGAGCAAGUGUUCCAUGAGGUGGGGAUAGGCAGCGUGCUGGCCCUGCAGGGCUUCUGGCAAGUGCGGAUCAAAGACUAUCACAGCUACAUGCUGCAGGUCAGUAAGGAUCUGUCCGAGGAAUACGAGCGCCUGGUGAACCCAGAGAAAGCUCUCGAGGACUCCAAGCCGCCCAGGAUCAAAGAGGAGCCCAUGAGUGACAUCUCCUUCCCUGUUAGCGAGGAGCCUGAGGCUGACCUAGCCUCUGGGGACCAGGCUCUGCCUAUGGGGGUCCUCGGGGCUCACGGUGAGAGGCUGGCUUCAGGCCUGGAUGGUGACCAUUCUCCUCACACCUCAGGUGGGGGUGGAGCCAACAACUCCCCCUUGUGGCCACAGGUGAAAAUGGAGCCACAGGAUGCAGACGAAGGCCAGACUGCCGGCCAUCAUCAUCACCACCACCACCAUCACCUGGGUGGAGACGUGUUCGAGGAAGGGGGGCCCAUGUCCACCAUGAGUGAGUCAGGAGGAGCCAUGGCGCCCUCUCCUGGAGGUGCAGCAUCAGACGGCAGCUUCGCUUCACAUUCACCGGACUCCUUAAUGGGGACCUCGCCGGUCUUCAACCAAAGACCCAAGAAACGAGCAAAGAAGAUGUGAGGAUCUGAGGUGGGGACUCGACAGCAGGUGUUACAGAUUUGUUUUCGUGCAUUGCAAACUGGCGAUAAGUCAGGAAACAUACGGAGCAGCUGUUCAGGAAAGACUGAGACAAUGAUGUCAUGAAAGAACUGAACUCCUACGGGGAUAAAAAGCAUAUUUUGUAGUUUUUGUUUUUAUAGUUUCUACUGAAAAUAGAGGAAGUCAUUAUUGAUACAGUAAUGAGUUUAUUGUCAAAAGAAUAAACAGUUUUUGAACAA